CGCGUAACUACUACUGUACAACGUCAUGACGACAGAGAAGCAGCGCCUGCUGGCAUUGACCGAGCGCGCGUCGUACACGCUGUCAGACGAAAGAAUCGCCAAGUCCCCGACGGCGUUGGAAGACGGCGCGUUGGUCGAUGGGGGGGCGCUACCCCUCUUGUCCCGUGAAGCCAUGGGGCUGUUUUCGCAGUACUUUGCGAUCGGGAUCGUCUAUGGCAUGAUCCCAGCACUCAAGUACCCUCUCUUCAACGUGUAUUUGUCGAUGGAACCGUACCAAGUGUCGUCUUAUGGAGUCAUGGUGACGCUUGGGUGGUCAUACAAGGUGCUCUUCGGCAUGCUCUCGGACUGUUGUCCUAUCUUUGGCUACCGCCGAAAGUCGUGGAUGCUCAUCGGGUGGGUCACGACCAUGAUCUGCCUGACCAUCAUGGCGUUCUCGACAUGGGGCGACCCGUAUUGCAACCGCGACACGACCGACUCGUGCGAUAAACCCCUCAGCGCCGUCAACGCGACGGACUUUGCGGCCAACUACAACCCCCGCGCCCCCGACAACGGAUCCGCGUUCAUCAUCCUGUCCAUGUUUGUCUCGUUCGGGUAUGUCACGGCGGCGUGUGCGGCGGACGCGAUGGUCGUCCAGUACGCCCAGCGCGAGCCCCUUUCGAUCCGCGGGCGCGUACAGACGGCCAUCUACACCAUCCGCAACAUCGCGGGCAUGCUGGCGCUGUCCGUGACCGCGUUCGGGUUGAACGGUACCCAGUACAACGGGUCGUUCUCGUUCUCGAUGGCACCGAAUAUUCCGUAUGCGAUCUGCCUGAUUCCGUGCGUAUUGGCGGUGCUCACGACUGUCUUUGUUGUGGUCGAAGACAAACACAUCGGCAUCAGCUUCUCGGCGUGGUGGGGCUCGUUCUGGGAACUGCUGCAGACCCGCGUGAUGUGGCAGAUUUGUGCAUUCCGGUUCAUCAACAGCAUGUUCUUUAGCAUUGCCACGACGGCGGACAACGGCAUGGCCACGCACUGGGCCAAAGUCGAGCCCGUGAACGACUCGCUCGCGAGUUUGAUCGGGAAGGCCAUCUUCGCAUCCACACUCACCGCCAUGGGCAAGUGGGGGUUGCGCUGGAAUUGGCGGUACCUCAUCGCCCUCGGUUCGGUCGGUAUGGUCGUUGUCGAUGGCAUCGUGAACUUUGUGACCAUCUGGGAUGUCGUGCGCAACCAGUGGUUCUACACGGGCUUGGCGCUGGUUAACAACGUCCCAGAUGGCAUCCGGUUCAUCGUGGGCAUGUACUGCACCGUGGAAGUGGCUGACGUGGGCACAGAAGGCGCCACGUACGGACUCAUCACGACCAUGGGUAACCUCGCGGGGCCGUUCGCGUCGGUUGUGUACAAAUACGUCAACUCGUACUUUUUGCUGUCGAACGACGACUUUAAGAAGGACACGACGGCCGUGAGGUGGGACGUCACGUACGUGUACCUGAUCUCGUUUGGGUGCAAACUGUUUUCGCUUGUGUUUCUGGUGAUGCUGCCGCCGCAAAAGUCGGAAAUGCAGCAACUGAAACGGAAGGGCGGCAAGAGCAAGGUCGCAGGUGUGCUGUUGAUUGUGACCUUCAUCACGUGCUUGGCGUUCUCCAUGGCCAGCAGCGUCAUGUCCAUCUAUCCCACGACCAAGUGCUAUCGCCUUGCAGGUGGCAACGGCAAACUGGACCUUGCAACCGGCGGCUGCCCCAACUCUUAGCAAGGACUGCUUCAAUUUAUUUUAUAUUAGUAUAACGUCACCAUAGAUAUUACCACUCGUAAACCUGA